AUGUUGAAAAUAUUCCGAGUCCUCAAAACUGGUCCUCAGAACGCCAUCCUUUUCAUGCCCAUUUCUGGUUUUCACAUAAAACCCACUUCAAGAUACUCCCCAAUUUCUAAUCCUGCGAUUGACUUCAUCCUGAAUGAAGUAACUCAAGACGUCAAACCAUCAUGUGAAUACUCCUGUCCAAAUCCCACGACACGUCAACAAUUUGCCGUACAAAAUGAGGUAAAAGAGGACACUUUUGGUGACGAGGUUCAAAUAUCUCAUCCUUGGCCUGAAUGGGUUGGUCUCAUGAAGAAGUUGCUGAGUAGGGGUUAUUUUGAUCAAAUUGGUAACCCUUUUGGGAGUCAUGAAAUGGGAUCCAAAGAGUUCAAUGAGAUUAGGACGGCUUGUUUGAAUUUUGCUCGUGACCGUUUUGAUCUCAUAAGAUCCUUGUCGCGGAAAGAUAUCCAAAUCAUUGCAGGAUCUGGCUGCCCCAGCUUAGACAGGAAAGUAGUCAACUCAGGAAAGCGAUUAAGGGCUCAUGCGUGCACUGAUGAAGGAAAUGUUUGUAGCACCUGCAUUUUGAGGGGAGAUUGUGAGAGGGCUUAUGUAAAGGCUCGUGAAGAUGAAGGUGGCAGGACAGUGGAUGUCAUGCGGUUCAUACUGACUUUUGGACAUGGUGCUAUAACUGGUUCUAUGGAGAAUAAAACAUGUCUCAGCAGAAAGGUUACUGAAUCAGUUAGAAUUUUGCUGAAAGAAAUUGUAGAAUUAAGCUCUUCUGAGGAACUUGGUACUAAACAUCUGACAACUUCAACAUCUGGAAGGAGUAUGGCAAAGCUAGAAAUGUCAGAUCACCAGGGAAAAUCUCAAAUUAAUGUUCCAGGGAAACAAGGCGAUUGGAGAUGCCCCAAAUGUCAUUUCCUGAACUUUGCAAGAAAUAUCAAGUGCUUACGAUGCAACAGUUUUUUCCAAGAAAGGCUGCAAAAUCUUGGGCAGGAUUAUGAACAGAUGCCACAGAAGAAGGGAGACUGGAUAUGUGAUAAAUGCAACUUUUUGAACUUUGCAAAAAAUACGUGGUGUUUGCAAUGUAAAGAGAAGCCACCAAAGCGACAACUCAAUCCCGGAGAGUGGGAAUGUGAAUCGUGUAACUACCUAAAUUUCAAAAGAAAUAUGGUAUGCUUGAAGUGUGAUCAUAAAAGGCCGAAGGCCUUCAAUUCUUCUCCAUUACAAAUGCAAUCUGUCAGUGGCAACAUUCCGUAUCGCCGUACACGCCCUUUUUUUGGUGAGGAGAAGCGGGGUAGAGAUGAAGGAUUGGAUGAAUUUAAAUUUGUUGAAACCAAGGGCCAGGACAGCUCAAGUUCAUUGGAUGGUGCAGCUGGAUUCAUAGACUUUCCAGUUCUAGGUGGUAAGAGUGAGUUAUCACAGAAUGCUGAGAGAUGGAGAAUGGAAAUGACUGAGCAGAACAAAGGGGAUGCAAAAGCCAAGAGGAAUGCUGAUAUAUUUAAAUCUUCCUUUACCGAGGCCAGCUGUGAUCUUUUUCAACAUGAUGAAGAGAUGGCCGAGUGGUUUGGACAAAAACCAUAA